CUGUCCGGAGCGAGGACCCCUCACCACCCGGGACACUGAGCCCGAGGAGCCCGGCUGGUUCCAGCUGACCGGGCUCGUUUGUGACCGGUCAUUUGAAUUCUUUUUUUUGGGAGGAAUUAUCAGGAGCUUUUAUUUUAUUGAUUCGUCACCGGAAACAGGUCUGAGGAUCGAGGAUGGGGAUUAAAGUGUAGAGCUGACAGGAAUGCCCCAGACUGUGUGCUCAGGCAUCAUGUUCACCACUCCCAGUGGCUUCAGCCCUCAUCUGGCCUGUGCUGAGCCUGGGGAGGAGGAGGAGGCCCCACAGGGGGGGCCGGAGCCCGGGGCUGGCCCGGCCGACGGGCCCCCGAUCACUUCCGCCUCUCUGGACACCCUGAUCCAGAAUCUGGUGCCCACUGCCGAUUACUACCCAGAGAAAGCCUAUGUGUUUACCUUCUUGCUGAGCGCUCGUCUGUUCAUCCCUUCUCCGGAGCUGCUGGCCAGGGUGUGUGAGCUGUGCAUCAAACAGCAGCAGCUGGAUCAAAGCCCACUCGAUACGGCAAAAGUGAGGAAGUUUGGCCCGAAGAUCUUGCAGCUGCUGACAGAAUGGACUGAGACGUUCCCGACCGACUUCAGGGACGAGAAGAUGGUCGGACUCCUGAAGGACAUCGUCCACAGGAUAGCUCCAUGUGAUGAGGCGUACUGGAAAACCCUGAACCAGGUGCUGCAGAAGCUGAGCCAGAAGCUGGCCCGGAUGAGCCAGGGGGAGGAGAGCAUUGUCAAGGUCUCCCUCAACGCCUCCUCCAUCUCUGACAAGCUGGUGGCCUUCAAGACCAAGCCUCCACCCAUCCAGAAGGACAUGCUCUCCAUCUGCAACGACCCGUACACGCUGGCACAGCAGCUCACCCACGUGGAGCUGGAACAUUUGAGUCAUAUUGGACCAGAGGAGUUUGUCCAAGCCUUUGUUCAGAAGGACCCACUAGAUGUAACAAAGCCGUGCUUCAGUGACCAGAAGAAGAAAACCUCCAACCUGGAGGCUUAUGUCCGGUGGUUCAACAGACUGUGUUACCUGGUAGCUACUGAGAUCUGCAUGCCAGCGAAGAAAAAACAAAGAGCCCAGGUGAUCGAAUUCUUCAUCGACGUUGCCAGGGAGUGUUUCAACAUUGGAAACUUUAACUCCCUCAUGGCCAUCAUCUCCGGUAUGAACAUGAGUCCUGUGUCACGGCUGAAGAAGACUUGGGGCAAAGCCAAAACUGCCAAGUUCUUCAUUCUGGAGCACCAGAUGGAUCCUACAGGAAAUUUUUACAACUACAGGACGGCCUUGAGGGGGGCCGCCCACCGCUCUCGGACUGCCAACAGCAACAGAGAAAGAAUUGUAAUUCCCUUCUUCAGUCUGCUGAUCAAAGAUAUUUACUUCCUGAAUGAAGGAUGUGCCAAUCGGCUGCCCAAUGGCCACGUCAACUUUGAGAAAUUUGUGGAGCUGGCCCGUCAGGUUGGGGAAUUUAUGACAUGGAAACAGGUGGAGUGUCCAUUUGAGGAGGACCGGGCCAUCCUGCACUACCUCCACACGGCUCCAAUCUUCAGCGAGGACGGUCUCUACCUUGCGUCCUAUGAGAGCGAGAGUCCAGAGAACCAGGUAGAGAAGGACAGGUGGAAAGCACUCAGGUCUAACGUUCUGGGAAAGACAUGAGGUGCUGGCGGCAGCUAAACCCCUCCCACCAGCGAGGGAGCGUGUGUUCUCACUGCACUAAAACGAACUGUGAAGGAACCAAGCUGGUACUUAGGUGAUUUUCUAUGAAGAAGUUAAAAAAAAGAAGCCGGAUGAACAGGAUUCAUCAAGGAGACUGUAAACAUAAAAGAAUAAUAAUAAACAAGCCAGGAUAAAAAGUGAAUUGAAAAUGUUAAGCUAAAGAAACUGGAGUGAAAUGCCUUCGGAGCAUAUCAGUGACGAGGUACAGUUAUGUAGGAGAGCGAAUACAGCUUCUCCUCCCCCCCCCAUCCCCUCCAUGUGUGUUUACUCUGUGAAGAUAUGUUUACUACUAUAGAGAGAACAGUUACAGGGAAAACCACUUCAUAAAUGAAAUUCCUACUGAUGCUUUAGUUGUUUUUGUAUUUGCUCCUCUCCCUGUUUCUCUUCCCCUUUGGUCGAAUGCCCCAUCCAGGUAUUUAAUUUAAAUUUGUGUUUUCCUCAACUUGUAAUGUACUGUAAUCAAACUUACCAUGAUGUGAAGGGCGCUGGCUAGCCUGUAUCAGAUUUUAUAGGUCUACUGAAGGAACGACAACCGUGUCUAUCUGAGACGACGGAAGAUGACACGUUACAAGCAUUUUACCAGUUCAUCUCACGUGUACUGUUUGCAUGAGAGAAACCUGUUUAUUGGUCAUCUCCUCCUGUAAUUUUAUUUAUUAUGUCUCAUUUUCGGGAAAGUGUUGGACAGGGGGAGUGGAAUAUGAACUGUUAAGUGUUUACUCCUUUUAAAUGAAUUGUGCCAUUAAUGCAAGAAACCCACAGUAUCGCUUCUGGCCGGUCACAGCAGGAGGUGAAGAUCGUGUACAGGUGACAAGUGAACCCAUCAUCUUUCUGCUCUUCGGGAAGUUUUCUCUCUGACUGACGUUCAGUUGUCUGAUAUAUUUAUGGAGAUUUCCGUGCUGACAGAUGUAUAGUUUUUAUCGUGUCUUUCCUUUACUGAAUAUGAAGUCCGAUGGCAUGCUACAUACGACGAGGCGAUUUAAGGGGGCAUUGAGUGUAUCCACCUUGUAAUGUUUAACACAACCUAUGUAGUGACGAUGCCUUGCUGCAUUCUGUAGAAGGUCUAUGAUGAGCUGGAGUUUUUUCUCUGUGUGAAAAUGUAAAAAGAGGGAAACUUGUGCCAUAUGAGUCCCUGGUUGUCUUGAUAAUUCAGGUUCCUCUGACGUGAAAUGUGUUUGUUUAUUGUUUUGUGGGAGUGUCGCUGAGCUUUUUUUAAUUUGGUAGUUCUGUUGUGAUUUGGGAAACAUU